UCACCCAUACAAUCAAUACCAAUUCACCACCACAUCUACCACCAACACCAACAUUACCACUCAUCACCUCCCACCACCACCGCCACUACUAUAAACACCACACAACCACAACCACCACCCUCAUCAUCACCCAUACAAUUAAUACCUAUUCACCACUACAUCUACCACUCUUUCAUCACCUCCAUCUUUCCCUCACCACCAACACCAUAAACACCACAAAACCAAAUCUACCAUUGCCACCACCGUCAUCACCACCCAUACCAUCAAUACAUGUCCACCACCACAUACAUCACCACCACUCUCUCAUCACCAUUUCCCUCACCUCCAUCUUCCCCUCACAACCACCACCAACAUCACUAUACCUCGCCACCUCCACCACUCCCUCCACCACCACCCUCACUAUCUAACCACCUCCAACACCACCUCACCACCAUGAUAGUCUCCCAGCAGCCAGAUCUUGUAACGGCACGCAUUGGCUUAGAUUCAACAGACACAGACUGGAAUGGUUAACUAACAGAGUGGUGGAUGAGUGGGAACAGGCCUGGCAGUCAUGUGGGGAGUGCCAAUAGGACAGGAUGAGGACAGAUAGAUAGAGGAGAGGUACGUGGCGUUAUACAAGUGUUAGGUGUCCAAGUGCCGUCCUCUAUUGGGUAAGUGAUCUCUUGUAUACUCCUUAUGUUCUGGUGUUCUUUUCUAGUCUCUGCCCCGCCCGAUUAGCGCUAACAUGACCCUGAUCCCGUUCACUAUAUUGUUUUUUUUAUGAUAAUGAAGAUGAUGAUGAUGACAGUGAAGGAGAAAACGGAGACUGCGAUAACGAUAAUGAAAAUGAAAACGACGGUAAUUCUCUCUUUAGUUUACUGACGAAAUCUUAGACGCUAUACCUAAGCCUUCAAGACCAUUAUCGCGUCAUAUACUUUUUCGUUCAGCAACGUUUCCAUUAUCUAUAAAUAGGGGAAAGUAUAAAUAAUGUUACGUAUAGACAGAGAAAACGACAGUGACAGACAUAAACAGACAGACUUCUAAAAACACUCAUCCUAUAGACCGACCUCUUCUAGUCAGACUUCUCUCCUAUACUAACACAUCAACCACUACACUCCUGCUCCUCCUCCUCCUCCUCCUUCUGUUCUACCUUCUACUGCCCCUCCUCAUUCAGUGAUAAUAGUUUUCGAGUGCAUCUUAAAGGUUCUUCUAUCUUACACUGACAUCUCAACCAGUCCCCCUCCGCAUCCCUCUAACUUAGCAUUCUUCCUCCUGUUCUACCUCCUCCUGCUCCUAACCUAACCAACCUUCUACUGCCCCUCCUCAUUCAGUGAUAAUAGUUUUCGAGUGCAUCUUAAAGGUUCCUCAAUCCUACACUGAUACCUCGAACACAUUCCCCCUCCGCAUCCCUCUAACUUACCCUUCUUCCUCCUCUUCUACCUCCUACUGCUCCUAACCUAACCUAACCUAACCAACCUUCUACUGUCCCUCCUCAUUCAGUGAUAAUAUCUUCCACUGACACCUCGACCACAAUCCCCCUCCGCAUCCCCUUACUUACCUUUCUUCCUCCUCGUCUACCUCCUCCUGCUCCUAACCUAACCUAACCUAACCUAACCAACCUUCUACUGUCCCUCCUCAUUCAGUGAUAAUAUCUUCCACUGACACCUCGACCACAAUCCCCCUCCGCAUCCCCUUACUUACCUUUCUUCCUCCUCGUCUACCUCCUACCGCUCCUCGUGUGAUAACAAUUUUCACAUACGUCUGUUAACUGAUAUUUCUUAAUCACCACCGCCGCAACCACCUCCACACUACAUAUUCCUCCUACUCUUCCUCCUGCUCCUGCUCCUCCUCUACAUCCAAGUCCUCCUCCUCUUCUUCCUCCUCCUCUUCUCCCUUCACUGGCAAACAAGCUGGCAAACAUUUACAGAGGCUGAGAACAUCCAGAAUAAACACGCUCAGACCGACGAGAAGACGAAGAGGAAGAAGAAGAAGACUUUGAUGAUAAUGAAGACGAUGAUGAUGACGGUGAAGAAGAAUACGAAGAUGGCGAUAACGAUAAUGAAGAUAACGAAGAUGAUGAAAAUGACGGCAAUGCUGAAAAUGAUAAUGAAGGGGAAGAAGAAGAAGAAGAAGAAGAAAAAAAAGAAAAAGAAGAAAAAAAGCCAAUACCGAGAACUUUACGAUCUUUGGGCAGAGAGAGAGAGAGAGAGAGAGAGAGAGAGAGUGGAGGGGGGGAGGAGAGGUAUACAGACCAAGCUCCGACUACCAAAUUAUCCUGUCGACCACGAGCCUCGCAUUCCACGCCUCUUGCGGCCACUCCGGAGAUCUGAAGGGACCGAGGACCCCCACCCCUCUCCCUCUCCCUCUCCCUCUCUCUCUCUCUCUCUCUCUCUCUCUAGGUUAGCAGAGGCACGAGUCAGAUAUUACCGGGCCAAGGCUAAUAGAAGGGAGGCAGGGGGGUUAGUUCUGCGUCAAGGCAUCUCUCUGUCUGUCUGUUUCUUCUCUUCUCUUCUCUUCUCUCUCUCUCUCUCUCUCUCUGCUACUCAUUUUCUUUAUUUCUCUUUCUCUUUCUACCUUCUUUUCCGUGUCUGUCUUCUUCUUUUUCUCAUCUCAGUGGAAAUUCAUCUUUUCUCUGCAUAUUUAUUCUUUUCUCUUUCUCUUUCUGGUGUUGAGAGUUGUUUUUUUUUCUUUAUUUUCCCUUCUUUUCUACUUUCUUCUCUCUGUGUUUCUGCCUUUCUCUUUCUUCUUUUCCUUACAUCUUCUACUUUUGUGUGUAAAUUCAUGUUCUCUACUUUCUUUUUAUUAUUCUCUUUCAUGUUGGGAAUCGUUUUUUCUUUCCGUUUUUCUCUUAUCUGUUCCUCUAAUCAUCAAUCUCUUUACAAUACUUAUUUCUUCUACUCUUGUGUAAAUUAAUCUCUCUACAUAUUUUCUCUCUUUCACUUUCAUAUUAGGGUUUUUUCUAUCUCGUAUCUGUUCUUCUCAAUCAUGAACAUCUUUUACAAUCGACUCCUUCAUUCACCAGCACCAAGAUAAGCCUAUCAAAAUAAGCCUUUCCUAAUCUGUUCCCAGGGAUAAACCAACUCCUUAUACGUCAAUGCCCUCUUAUCUACAUUACUUUCGUCAUGGGACACAUAUAUCACAAGCCUCCCCUUAUUCGUCUUCUUAUCAACACGAGAUCUACAUAGCUAUUGUCCCAUCGAAUACCUGAGAUAUAUACCGAUAAGGGAGACACCAAUAGCUUGUUCUUGGGGAUACCUGAUGAAGUGAGGCUUGGAGGGGGAACGAAAUUAAAAAGCUAUUGAGAUUUUGUUAAACUGAGGCAAACGAAGAGGGAAAAAAGAGGCUAACGUUAUUGAAGCUUAUGAAACUGAGGAAACUAAGCGUGGAAUGAGAGAAAAAAAAA